UGGUACACAAAGUCUUGGUUAUAUUACUUGACCAAGGGGAAGAAGUUUGUCGAGGGUUUUUGGAUAAUCUGCGCAAAAAUCAACAUUUGUUUCCCCGGAUUCUACGAAUCCUGAACGAGACACGAGGCGAUAUGCCGAUGUUCAAGCUGGUGAUUGAAGAUUUAGGUCUGGGGAAAUCUUUACAACACAAGAUGACAAUUUCAGAUUUCCAGAGCAUCGGAUGUGAGGAUCUGUCAGAUGCUUCCUGCCGAUCCCUGAAGGACAUCCCUAAGCAUUUCCUACAACAUCUCAUGGUGUUAAAUAUCCAAGAAGCCUUCAGAAGCUUCGACUUCAACCAUGAAGCUGCCCAAAGUCAUCCAGAGGAGGACACUUCAGGCGCCAUAGUUGGAUCUGUCCAUCCUCUGGACGUUCUCUGCGGUGUUCUCCAUUGUUCAGACAAUUUUCUACGACAAGAGAUUUUGAAGAGGAUGUCCAUGUGUCAGGUCCCUCUUCCUCUACUGCUUCCGGCCAGUGAAGACACAUACGGUACAUUUUUGCUGUGGGCAAUGAGAGGUAUUACGAAGAGUCUUUCCCUAUCAUUGGAUGACCCAGAGGAAUUGACUGUAGACAGUAUAUCCAAUAUCUCUUUGCCAGUCUUUUCCUUUGUAAGUCUGGGGGAUUGUAGAUGUAUGUCUAUAGCCAAGAUAACCGAUCAAAUUCUAUCUGCAACUCAACAGAGAAACCAGUACAAUUAUGUGCAAAGAGUGAUGAGCUGGGGGAAUAUACAAAGACAUAUCUCCAAUGGUUUGGUGGAAAUAUCCUGGUAUUUUCCUGAUGACCAAAAGGACUUGAGGUCAUAUGAAAAGCCUUUUGCAUUGGCCAACUUACAUGGAGACUUACAGUCCAAUGAGAGACAGUUCCAUCUUUUGACACAAGUGUCCUGUUCAGUGUUCAUUCUGGUGGAAAAUAUGACUCAACAACCGUGUGAUCUGAUAUUACACGCCCAGGGAAAUAACACAAACUGCAUUUUCAUAGUCCAAGACCAAUCCAACCAAGAGUCCAGCAAGCAUUGUAGCCAGAAUGUUCUAAUGGAAUCUGACGAGAAGUUUUAUGAAAAGUUACAGUCUAUCCUACAAGAUACAAUCCAAAUAUCUCCAAAACAAUUCACGCUGAGCGAGAUGUCGGUGGUGGCCUCAAAACUUGGCUUCUGCUGCGAUGAAAACCAACCCGGCUGCGAGUAUGGAAGAUUGCACUCUCUGGAACUCAUCAACGACUUUGUGAAUGCAAAACAACAUGACAAAGGAUGCGUAAAGCAGCAACAACAUUUAAAAGUACAAAUCGCUAAAAUUGUAAAAGAGUUGUGUCGGCUGACGGACCAAGGGGAACUUCACACAGAAGACUACAAAUCCAGGCUACUCAACGACAUGCGUGGUCUCCUGGUGGCGCAAAUCCACCACGAUGACAGUGAUAUAAGGAAUAAUCUACAAUAUAUAUUUAUUAUUCUGAACGAAGUAGAGCAACAAUAUUUAUUAAAAUGGAUAGAGUUUCACAAGUUGUCUACAAACGCCAUGUCGGACGAAACCAUACAAGAAGACGUGAUUUGUAAAAUGGGGCAGAUGUAUGAAACAGAAGUUCUUGCAGGGAGAAUAGUAGAAACUAUGAGGCUCUGUAAGAAGUUUCCUAAAGCAGCUUUAGAUCUUCUCCUGCAAGGAAUUCCACUUCAGCUCAUCGAUGGAGAUACUACAAGCGUAUACCUUCAGUGGGUCACCGAUGUUCUGACAGAGCUGGACACCAGAACAAGAGGGCGAUGCAGAAUAAAAGUAAUAUCUAUACUAGGGGUUCAGUGCACUGGGAAGUCCACCCUGCUGAACACCAUGUUUGGUCUACAGUUUCCCAUGGACCAUAGACAAGGAACACGAGGAGCCUUUAUGAGUCUUAUUAAGGUAGAAGAAAGAGAUUUGGGCUGUGACUUCCUUGUAGUCAUUGACUGUGAAGGACUACAAGCUUCUGUGGAGGAACGCUACGAUCAUGACAAUGAGUUGGCCACACUAGUGGUUGGGUUGAGUGAUAUCGUCAUUGUCAACAUGGCCUUAGGAAGUACCUCAGAAAUGAGAAAUAUACUGCAGAUUGUAUUCCACGCAUUACUAAGGAUGAAGGGAAGUGGGCAGAAGCCCAAUUGUCUAUUAGUCUACCAAAAGAUGGAAGGAGAAUAUUCCAAAGAAGAACCCAUGAUAGAACAUGAGGAAAUGCUACGUCUAGGUGAACAAUCUGAUGAAAACAGCGUGUUCCCUGGGUAUAGUGACACUAUAGAAUGUAGAAUUCUGAAAGAUUACUGGGUCAUUCCUCCAUUGGAACUGGAAACAUCUUGUUACAGCGAGAAAGUUCUCGAGAUAAAGCGCCAUCUACUGCGCACCAUAAAACGUGGCAGUAUUCGCGACGUGCAGAACUUUGCUGAAGAUAUCAAAGCUUUAUGGAAUUCUGUGAAACAUGAAAAUCACAUCUUCAGAUUCAAGAAUAUUUUAGAGGAAAACGUUUACUCCGAACUCUAUGAAAGGUUCCUGGAACUGGAAUGGAAUCUGUGUAGAAAACUGCACAGGUGGUGGAAGGACAAAGAAGACUGGAUCUCCUCACAACCUGCCGGGGAACUUCAGAAAAAGAUAUUAGUCCCCGAUGUACUGAGAAUGCUGAAUGAGGAGGUGAAGGCGGUGGAAGAAACCUUAAAAGGUUAUUUCACAGACAAUGCCGAAGACACAAAUUCUCGUAUAGCAAAGAUGUUCGAAGCUGAGUUCAUGGAGAAGGUCAAAAGCCUCGAAGGUCAUCUUGAAACUCACUACACCAGAAAGUGUCUACAGGUUAUAAUCUUAAAACGUGGAUUGGCACAUACGAUUGUAGAGGAUUUCGUCCAAGAAGAACAGGACAUGGAUGGAAUCAGCUUUGACAUCGGACACUACUGGAAUGAAGUUGUGGCCAAAUAUCAGUCCACGAUACUGAAGUAUCACGACAUCGAGGAUGACUUCCUACAACUCCUGAGACGAGAUAUGAGGAAAAAAGGGAGCUUAGUCACUGAAUGGAUCUAUAAUAUAAGAACAUUGUCAGACUAUGCCGACACAAGCUUCACCUAUGAUGCACAGUAUGACAACGCACCUUGGCUUUCGGACAAAUGUAACCACUUGGAAAACUGCGUGUCCUGCCACAACAAAAGGAAAAGUGUCGCCAGAUUCUUGUUAGAGAAAUCGGAGAAAUAUGUCCAGAAAAUGGUUGAGUCACAAACUACAUAUGACCCGGUGUAUGGCAUGGAAAUCCUGAACAUGGUUAAUGAAGUGGUCCGUGCGGACCCCAUGCCUUAUACAACCAUGUUUGAGUUACACCUAAAGCUCCAAAUCUUGGCACGCUCUGCUCCACUUUUUCAGCAGAAACACGAUGACUUCUUUCAGAAAUGUAGAGCGCUGUUUGCCAUAGACCUGGACCAUCAUGGACCUCAAGUAACGGAGCACCUUAAAUGUUUACAACAUGAUAAAAGAAUAACCCAAAAAUAUUGUGAGGACUGGCUGAAGCCGGCGCUGGAGCUAAAAGUCAGGAAAAUGUUCAAGGAAAGACUUGUCGGUGACUAUACGAACUAUUUGUGUGCAGUAGUGAAGAGCAGGCGGAGGUCCUCUGAAGGGUUACAAGAGAUGAAGUGCAUUCACCACGCUCCGGUAGAAGACACUCCAGAGAGUAUUUGUAACCGCUACACAGAUCAAGACGAGAUUCAGAGUCUACUAACAGCCAUGAUUACUUCAGUCAUAAGAGACAUCAGGAAUGUCCUUCACCACCCAGGUGUACUGAGAAGUGGGGAUAUCGGGACACUUAUGGCAGCCGUGUGGUCAGUACUGUUGGGGGUAAGAGAGGGUAACUUCAUUCCUCCUUUCAAUGUCACCAAAUCGAAUGUUCCUCAAUGCUCUUCCUAUCUCGACUUUUUUGUACAAAAAUUAGAAGAACAAAUCGUAAAAGAAUUCCAUUCCAAGGACAUCGAGGAGUAUUACACCUCCAUUUCUAAUAUGCUAAUGAGUAAGGGUUGUGAAGUCAUGUGA